AUGAACGAAGACGACAGGAUCGAUGUCGAUAGCCAACCACUAGCUGUUGAAUCCGGCGGGUCCGGUGGUUUAGGUGAAGAUGCUAAUCAGUCCGCCGCCCAUGAGCACAAUCAUGAGCAUCACCACAGUCAUAGCCACAACAGUCAGCUUGAGAGAGAUGGGGAAACAAAGAAAAAGCAAAGGUUUGAGGUUAAGAAAUGGACUGCUGUUGCGUUCUGGUCGUGGGACAUCGUUGUGGAGACAUGUGCUAUUUGUCGUAACCACCUAAUGGAACCAUGUAUUGAAUGCCAACCGAAUAGCAUAAACAAUUCCGCUGACAACUGCAUUGCAGCUUGGGGAGUUUGCAAUCACGCUUUUCAUAUGCAUUGCAUUCAAAGAUGGCUUAAGCUGAGAGCAGUCUGUCCGUUAGACAACAAGGACUGGACCUAUCAGAAGUUCGGCUCGUGA